CUGAUCAAGGGAAGUAACUGGGCAAGAACGAAUGAAUCAGGAAGAAGGAAGAUUAGAAACUUUCUAAACAAUUUUUUUGAGUAACUUACACCAAGCACACCAAGAUGUCGCUGUUUCACGAAAAUAUGAAGCAGCUUUUAUCUGAGGUGGACAAGUUUCUAAAUGACACUCUCAAGAAAGAUGCUAAGUUAAGUAAGAAGACUCUAGAGCAUAAACAGCUGAUUCUCGACAAACUGGCAAAGUUUUAUGAAGAAAAUCCUCAAAUGAAAUUAGUUCCUAGCCAGGAUUCUAUCAGUGCUAAAGAUCCUGAUGAGGCAUCUUUGACAGGAAGUUCAAGGUCAGAUGAAAAUGAAGAUGGCAAUUAUAAUGAUGCUGGAAUAGGACUUAUUUCUGCAACAGAUCUGAAUAACCCGGUGCUGACUGGUUUCCUGGAAAAGAAACAGAAAAAAGGUAUCUUUGGUGGUGGAAAGUUUCAGAAAAGAUGGUGUAUAGCGCAUGCUGGUAACUUUUAUUACUACACAAGUGCUAAAGACAAGCAGCAAAAUGGCUCGUUCAGACUUGAAGGUUACAAGUUCAGAAAUGCACCAGAUUUAUCCAGUAAAAAAGCUGAAAAGGAACUUUGCUUUGAACUUUACCAUGAGUAUACAGGGAAGCGUGUAUAUCAGUUUAUGGCAAAGAACAAGACAGAGUAUGAGCAAUGGCAGAAUGCUUUAGAAAAUGAAGGACACCCAUUGAUAGAAGAGGACAUUUAUGAGGAAGUCGGGGCUGAUGAUCCAUCUGCGGGCAUGUCUAAUAUAAAACCAACCGUUCAACCAGAAAAACCUUCCAUAGAAGAAGAACCUGUAGCAGAAGAUGAAUAUGAAGAUCCUGAUGCCAAGCCUGGUGCACCACCAGUUCCACCAUCUAUAAAAGGCCUACAUAAACUUCCACCUCCCCCACCACUUUCAACUUCUCCUGCAUUGAAAUCUAAAGUGGAAGAUCAUGUAAAAGCUCAACCAGAGCCUGCAGAACCUGAUGAGCUUUAUGAUGAUGCAACUAGCGUAGAAGCAGCAAAGAAAACAGAGCCACCUACUCCACCCCGUGGGCGACCACAACCUCCGGAGCCUGUUGAGGCUCCACCACAACCACCAGAGGUCCCCCCUCCGGUAAAAAGAGGUAAUCGCCCCCAGAGAAAUCUACCCCCACCGCCUCCCGAAAAGAAAAAGAUAAAACUGAAUAUAACUUGCAAACCUGAAGAAGAUUUCGAAAACAGAUAUUUUGGAAAGUGGGACUGUACAGGAGAUAGUUCAAGUGAGCUCAGUUUUAAGAAAGGAGAUAUUAUUUACAUUCUGAGCAGGGAAUUUGAUGAAAAAUCAUGGUGGGUUGGGGAGCUGAAUGGAAAAUUUGGACUAGUUCCAAAAAAUUUCCUUACAGCUGCAUACUCCCCUGUUGCUUAGAGUCUAGGCUGCAUUUAUAUGAAGUUACAGAUCUGUUUAACAGUUACAAUCAAUUUCUUAACAUAAUUCCAUUAAUAAAAGUGAGACUAGAGAAACAGUAUGUUUGGUGAGGAAGAAAUAUUUUGGCCAUUCAGACAUUACUAAAACACAGUAUUAUAGUUUGUAUUAUUUACUUUAAAUGCUUUAUCGCUUGCAGACUUCUUAUUUUAGAAUUAUUAUUCUAACCAAUAUUUCAAAAUUAUUUGCUUCUUUUAUUGAAAUACCAAAAUUAACUAACUGAUUUGUAUCUUUGUGUACCAUGUUAUAUGCCUGAACAUUUUUUGCAAAAAUGCUAUGCACGUGGUUGUCCAUCCAUCAUGUCUGCACGAUAAUUUCUAAACUCAGUAAAGGAAAUAGAAACUACUUAGGAAAAAUGUUAAUUAUAACAAGACCAUCUGCAGAGGGUAAGUUUGGGCUUCCGUAGGUCAAGGGCUUACUUUAGUCAGUUUGAAUUUCAAUAUUUAAUGUAUUUUGAACCGAUUGAAAGAAAUGAAAACAUGUUUGCAGUAAAUAUAGUUAUGAGUAAAUAUAGUACAUUAAUAAUAAUGUGUUGUUGUGCUCCAGGAACCACACAGUUCAAAUAGACUAAUUUAUAACUUACUGUGUGACACUACGAUACUAUAAGUUUAGAUAUUAAGCUUGAAACAUUGUCGUGUGGACUUCUUCAAAAAUAAUAAUAAUCAUAUAAUUCCUGUGAUUAGGGUAAACAAACUGCGCACACAAACUAUCUUAUUCUUGUAUCUCUUCUAAGUCAUCUUGUGAUAAGUCUCUGUUGCCAAGUGGUUAAGGUUUCCCAUCAACACUGUUGGUUUCCAGUCAAAGAUCAUGUAAGGCAGCUAUCCUGAGCUUGCAAACAGAAGGUUGGUGGUUCUACUUGGGUGCCCACGCCACCUGUUAAGUCCGGAAUUCGCAAAAUGACCUUAAAACCAACAAAUCAAAGUAAUGUGGCAAGAUCAGUUACUUGGCAUAUAGCAAUAUAGAUCUAGACAAAUGUUACAUGAAAUUAUCAUGCUCUUACGGUGAAAAAUUUCCCUGCCCCGGGGUCACUUGAUCUUCCGGACAAGUUUUAUGAAUGAUUCUCUUCUCUAAUAUAUUUGAUUGUUUAAACAAAUUUGUGUUUGUGCUUAUAUCCACCCUGACCUCGUUUUAACUUUAUCUGUAAACCAAAACAUAGUUGUCAAGAAGUUGAUAUUUUUCAAACUUUGUCAAGUACAUGAAAUCCAAACAAAAUAUUUAAAGUAACAUUUUGUUAUAGAUCAAACUAUAGAAAUCAUUUACAAUAACAAAGGCCUAUGAACUGUAUAAAUGGAUGACAGUGUAUAUUUUUUACAGAGAAAACAUUUUAAUUUUACCACUGAUGCCUUAACAUGUCAUUUUUGCUUGAGCUUAACAUAAUACAACAUAUAUGAUUAUUCGCUCACAUUGAGGAUUGUUUCAGGUCAUUGCCCUAUGUUUUGAAGAUCUAUUUCAGUAUUUCAGGGAAUAAUAACUUUUUUAUUUGAAACUGAGCUAUGCUAUCUUAUAUAAUUCGGGGAUCAUAUUUAUUUAAAAAAGAUCAUAAUAUCCAAAUUUGAAAGGCAUGAUACUUUUGGUAAUACAAGUGAUUAAAGAUAUACUAUGCUCAAGUUUGAUAUUAAUAAAUAAUAAAAAUUGCUAUACAGUCUCUUUGUAAAUAUUGAUAAGCAUGUUUAGACUUCACCCAAAGUAGAUAAGUUAUUUUCAAAAUACUAUACAUUAUAGAAGAUCACAAUAUAAAUAUAUACGUAGUGUCAUUAAAAAAAACUGGCAAUUUUAGCUUACCUGAGCUAGGUCACGGUGAGCUUUUAUUGUCUGUGAGCUUUUAUUGUUGAAUGUCUGUGGUCCGUCCAAAUUUGUUCGUUAUCAUUCUUGUGGUCACAUUUUUGCCUUUAUUGUCAUUAAACUUUGUCAGGGUGGUUUGUCUAUGGAGUUCAAACAUGGGUCAUCUCGGAUGAACAACUAGGUCACAGGAGCUAAAAUAGAAUAAUCUUGUUAACACUGUAGUGGCUACUUUUUUAUCCAAAUAUCCUGGAAAUUGGUCUGAAAGUUUGUUUUGAUGAUUUCUAGGUCAUCUUAGAUGAAAAAAUAGGCCACAUGAGCUAAUAAUAGGAAAAUCUUGUUAACACUCUAUUUCUAGCUUAAGUGUGAAUGUGGGUCAUCUGGGGUCAAAAACUAGGUCACGCUGCCCAAAUAUGGAACAUCUUGUUUUUUAACACUAGGGGUCACAUUUUUGUCAGAAUACUUGUCUAACAUUUCUCGGAUGAGUUUGAUGGGUGAGAUUAGCAAACUAGAGCCAUCUUGGCCCUCUUGUUUUAAGAAAAGACCAACUUUUCUUGACCUGUAAUAGGGAAUGCAGCUUCUCAUACAUAGUUUAUUCAUUAUUUUAUUCAAAUUAGACAUAUUCAGUAAGAAUUUAUUUCAUAGAUUUCAAUAAAUUUCUGUGAUUUAAAUAUGUUACUCAAAGAUGAGCAAAGUAUUUCUUCAAAUACUGAUCAUUAUAGACAUGAAAAUGUCGAGUUAUGAAUCAGACCAUUCUGACAUGACCAAAGUAUGUCCAAGUAAAAUUUCUUUUAAUUCUUUUAAUCAGUGUCAUUUUAAGAAAUGUACUUGAAGUAAUUUAUUUGCUUGAACUGCCAAAAUUAUUACCGUUGUGCAGUAAUUAGAUUGACGUUUUUACAUUUUGUGUUUGUUUAAGGCUUAAUAUUAUAAUCAUUUUCAUUGGAAAUCAUUUAUGUUCAUAGUAUAUACACUGAUAUAUAAUAAAAAAAAUGAUAACAAUGCUU